GUUCCCUCUUUCAUUACCCUUCUCAAUAAGCGUGAUCCAUCCUCCCAAGUUGAAUUCGAUCAGAUUUUAGGGUCUCUUGUUAAGAUCAAUCAAUACCACACUGCUGUUUCGCUCUUUGCACAAAUGGAUUUUAGGGGAAUCAGUCCUUCUUUGAUCAAUUGUUUCUGCCACUUGGGUCUGAUGGAUUCUGCUUUCUUUGCAUUAGCCAAGAUUAUCAAGUUGGGUCAUCAAUUGGACGUCUUUACUUACAAUGCUUUAAUUGAUGGAUACUUUCUAAUCAAUAAAGUGAAUGAGGCAGCAAAGAUGUUUGACAGCAUGAUCAAAGCAGGUUUGGCACCCGAUGUUCACAGUUAUAGCAUUAUGAUUAAUGGUUAUUGCAAGAACAAAAUGGUGGACCAAGCAAUCACUUUCUUUAAAGAAAGCGAAAGUUUUGUUCCGAAUAUUGGAAUUUAUACCCUUAUUGAUAGAUUAUGCAAAUCAGGGAGAAUAUCAUGUGUACAGAAUAUUCUUGAUGAAAUGCAUGAAAGUGAACAGCCCCCUAAGUUAGUCGGUUAUUGCAUAUUGUUAGAUGCUUUAUGCAAAAUCCAACAUCUUGAUGAGGCAAUUGUACUAUUUCACAACAUUAUUCACAAAGGGUUUCGUCCAAAUGCGUACAUGUGCAGUAUUCUUUUGAAUGGAUUGUGCAAAUGUGGAAGAGUAAGGACUGCAAGAGAGCUUUUUGAGCAUCUUUUGGCCAACAACUAUUGUCUAGAUGUUGUGAACUUUAAUAUUAUGAUGAGUGGAUUUGUUAACGAGGGGCUGAUUGAUGAAGCAAUAGACUUAUUUUUAGAGAUGAAAGGAAAUGGUUGCCUUCCAAAUACUGAAACUUAUUCUCUAUUUUAUGAAGCAUUUCGUCAAUUGUAUGCUAGAAAUAAGCAUACAAAUCGAAAGAAAAAAAGAUCUUUGAAAAGAUCAGAAAGGAUUCAAGAAUAAGGAUUCCAGACUUAACUGUGUGGUGAGAUUCUUUCUUGAAAGACGGCUACCUGCUCCUGGAACCAAAAUGUCUCCAUUGUUGCGUAAAAUCCUCAAUUUUCCAUAUCCUUAGGUUCAUAAGGAUAAGGAUGGUUUGUUAAUUUGAUAUUGACUACUGUGAUAUUCACUGAAGAGCUGAGUGUGACACAUGAAUGCUUGCUUGAAGCUAUCUAUUUCUUGAGUUUGGUUGUUUCAAUGAUGUUAUUUCCCUUUUAUUGAGGAUUAAAACAAAAUCAUAAAUCUUUUGUUGCCUAAUAGAAAGGAUGUGAUUUCUUUGUAUUUGAAGAAGUGAAAUUACCUGCCUUUGUAAUCAUUCCUAAUUUACUACCCAUCCCUCUAUGCUGGUUUUUUUAGAGUAUAUUUGGCAAACAC